UUUAAAACGUGGAUCAUCACUGGGAGCUAACAACAACUUUGGUUUGGUUCUUUUGGUGAAGCAUUAAUGGGGGAUAUGCAAGUUGGUGUUGUUGCCAAUAUUGACCAUAAUAAGGGGUUUUAUGGCUUGAUGGAAGAUAAACCGGUGAACCCUAGCCUGCAAGUUUCAGUUUCAUUUGGAAGGUUUGAGAAUGAUUCACUUUCAUGGGAGAAGUUCUCUGCAUUCUCUCCAAACAAGUACUUGGAGGAAGUUGGAAAGUUUGCUACUCCAGGUUCUGUUGCUCAGAAGAAGGCCUAUUUCGAAGCUCAUUACAAGAAGGUCGCUGAUAGGAAAGCUGAGAUCAUGGAUCAUCAGGAUAAACAAAUGGACAAGAACUCGUCCUUUAGAUCAGUCGUUAGAGAUCAGGGAAGUGUGGACGGCGAAAGGUCAGUGACAGAGUAUGUGGUUGAAGAAGGAUGUAAUGGGCAAGAAGAUAAGCAUGUCAUUGAUAUUGCUACUGAAGUGAAAGAAGAAGUCAAGAACGGUCUGGAUAGUCAAAGAUUGGAGAACUUGGAAGAGAUUGGUCUUGUGGAAGAGAAACAAGAAGAGGUUUUACAAGUGGAAGCUGAAGUGGGAGAAGAGAUUCAAUCAAAUGAUACAAAUGACUAUACAAAUGAAAUCCCAAUGAAGGAGAUGGAGAAAGAGACAACCCUAAAACUAACCAAGAAGGAUGAAAAACGUACAAGAAACUCUCCCAAGCCUGAUCAGGUGAGGACAAAACCGACAACUAACAAGGCUGUAACAAGUAAGAAAACUCCACCAAGCAAAGAGAUCAAACACAUGACGAAAACAACACAGAAACCAGCAGCACCUAUCUCAAUAGCCCCACCAAGAGUGUACAAGCCAGCUUCAAAAUUCACUUCACUGUCUACAUCACAGUCUUCGGCAAAGAAGGAACAUCUCUCGUCCGUAUUUAGAAACAAACAAACAGCUCCAAAGUCAUUGCAUAUGUCUGUGAGUCUUGGUCCAUCUGCCUCUGAUCCCACUGCUCUAACAAGUACUAGAAAGUCAUUGAUUAUGGAGCGGAUGGGAGAUAAAGACAUUGUGAAACGUGCUUUUAAAACGUUUCAAAAGAGUUACGACUUCAAAUCUUCGGUCUCCGAGCCAAAGCACCAGAAUGCAGCAAAGCCAACUAGUAGUCCAUCAUUAGCUAAUGGCAGGCCUGCAAAAGCAAGUGGCAUGGAGAAGAGAAGUAGUACUAACACUCAUGGACUGAAAAGCAAUGUGAGAGCUGAGAAACAACAAAAGGAGAUUUCCAAAUCUGGAGCAAGACCUGCAGAGAAGACACGCUUGCAGAAGAACUCUAGAGCUAGAGUGCUUGAUGCCAAAACUCGGAGGGAGUCUCUUAAUCCGAAGGCAUUACACAUGCAGGGUUCUCAUCCACGUCCAUUACAAAAAAGCUAUUCAGAAAAGUUGAUGUCAUAGUUACAUCGUUUCGGUUUUAGCAUGAUCUUUGCCACCAAUGUUGUUCCAUUAGUCUUGAGGGGAAGAGCCAAUGAUCUUUUUUCUUAUAUAGAGAAUUAUGUAGUUGCUAAUAUAAUAAACCUAACGUUAAUAUCCCUGAGAGGAUGAUGAAUAGUUAUAAUUUACACUGAUGUGUAUGUGUAUAGACUACGAGGGAUAUAACAUGAGCCAAAGCGAAACAAACCUAACCAAUCUCUUGUU